CGGAGUCACGCAGUGCUGUCAGUUAGCGGGGGGAGGGGCCAGGCAGUCAGUGUGCCGAGUGUGUGCUGGGAGACGGGAGAAGCGGACUACUAGCCCGUGCAACAUGCCUCUUGCGCAACUGGUGGAUCUCUGGCCCGAAGUGGAGCUGGUGCCGGAGGACACGGAGGGGUUGGCCGCAAUUAUGCCCCAAAGCCGAGGAGCAACUAUUGUUUGGUGGAAGAGCCACAAUUGCAUGACUAUAUACAAUGCUGCAUCAAUCACAAAAUACGUGCAGAACGGACAUGCUGGCCCAGAGGAUGCAGGGAAAUGUGCUGCAAACAAGCAGGAUGAAAUGGUAGUGAAGGAAUUCCCCAUUACGCUUCAUGUCAAGGAAGGUUCUGAGAAGGCUGAUCCAUCCCACUUUGUCCUGAUGAAGGUGCUGGGACAGGGGUCCUUCGGGAAGGUGUUUCUAGUUCGCAAAAUCACUCCACCCGACGACAAUCAGCUUUAUGCAAUGAAAGUGCUCAAAAAAGCCACACUUAAAGUGAGAGACCGUGUUAGAACAAAAAUGGAACGUGAUAUCCUGGCUGAAGUUAACCAUCCAUUUGUAGUUAGGCUUCACUACGCUUUCCAGACAGAGGGAAAACUUUACCUGAUUUUAGACUUCCUGCGUGGUGGAGACCUCUUUACUCGUCUUUCCAAGGAGGUAAUGUUUACUGAGGAGGAUGUAAAGUUUUACCUGGCUGAGUUGGCUCUGGGAUUAGAUCAUUUGCACAGUCUGGGAAUCAUUUACCGUGAUCUCAAACCUGAGAACAUUUUGCUGGAUGAGGAGGGCCACAUUAAAUUGACUGAUUUUGGCCUCAGUAAAGAGGCGAUAGACCAUGAGAAGAAGGCAUACUCUUUCUGUGGUACAGUGGAGUACAUGGCACCCGAGGUGGUGAACCGGCAGGGCCACACACACAGUGCCGAUUGGUGGUCUUACGGUGUACUCAUGUUUGAGAUGCUUACAGGAUCCCUGCCAUUCCAAGGCAAAGACCGCAAAGAAACCAUGACACUAAUCCUAAAAGCUAAGCUUGGGAUGCCCCAGUUCCUCAGCAGUGAAGCACAGGGUUUGUUACGCUGUCUCUUUAAAAGAAAUCCAGUUAACAGGCUAGGGUCUGGCACUGACGGAGCAGAAGAGAUUAAGCGCCACCCAUUUUUCUCCACCAUUGAUUGGAAUAAGCUGUUCCGUAGAGAGAUCAGUCCUCCGUUCAAACCUGCAGUUAAACAGCCAGAUGAUACAUAUUACUUUGACACAGAGUUUACUUCGCGCACUCCAAAAGAUUCCCCUGGAAUACCCCCCAGUGCAGGAGCUCACCAGCUGUUCCGGGGCUUUAGUUUUGUAGCACCUACAUUAAAUGAGGAAGAUGGAAAGACCUCUAAGUCUCCAGUACUAUCUGUACCAAAGAUGCACAGUAAAAAUACUGCAUUCAAUGAUGUGUACACAGUACGGGAGACUAUUGGCGUUGGCUCGUACUCUUCGUGCAAGCGCUGUGUUCACAAGGGAACUAACAUGGAAUAUGCUGUGAAGGUGAUAGACAAAACCAAGAGGGACCCAUCAGAGGAAAUAGAGAUUUUACGCAGAUAUGGUCAACAUCCCAACAUAAUUACACUAAAGGAUGUAUAUGGAGAGGGGAAUAGUGUCUACCUUGUUACUGAGCUUAUGAGAGGAGGAGAGCUACUUGACAGGAUUUUACGCCAGAAAUUUUUCUCUGAGAGGGAGGCCUCGGCUGUUCUCCUGACGAUCUGCAAGACUGUGGAAUAUCUUCACUCGCAAGGGGUUGUUCACAGAGACCUGAAACCCAGCAACAUCCUGUACGUUGAUGAAUCUGGAAACCCUGAGUCCAUUAGGAUUUGUGAUUUUGGAUUUGCUAAACAGCUGCGAGCAGAGAACGGAUUACUAAUGACCCCCUGUUACACAGCCAAUUUUGUGGCCCCAGAGGUCUUGAAGCGGCAGGGGUAUGACGAAGGGUGUGACAUCUGGAGCCUUGGCAUCCUCCUCUAUACAAUGUUGGCAGGAUACACACCCUUUGCUAACGGCCCAGAAGACACGCCAGAGGAGAUAUUAGCACGGAUUGGGGGUGGAAAGUUUACACUGAGAGGGGGAAACUGGAACACUGUAUCAGAUUCGGCAAAGGACUUAGUCUCCCGCAUGUUACACGUCGAUCCCCACCGCCGACUAACGGCACGUCAAGUGCUGCAACAUGAAUGGAUCACAAAAAGGGACUUACUACCUCAGAGUCAGCUUAACCGACAAGAUGCACAGUUGGUUAAGGGAGCAAUGGCUGCAACCUAUUCUGCCUUAAACAGCUCUAAGCCGACUCCUCAGCUGCAACCAAUCAAAUCCUCCAUCCUCGCGCAGCGCCGUGUCAAGAAACUGCCCUCUACCACUCUUUAGCUGGUGUAUAUCUUCUAUCAGGAUGAUUCUCCUAUAAUCAUGUUGUGAUGGUGAUUUGAACUGUUAACGAACUUUCAACAACGGUGUAACACCGUCUUUUACCAUGACCGUAUAAAGCUGUGUUCCUUCCUGCAAAUGUGGAUUCCGUAUGGCACAUGCUUGAUGUGCUGCUUUUCCUAGCUCAGAUGCAGGAAGACACGGGGACCGUGGCUGAUUGCCCAAGUAUAAACUGUAGAUUAUUGAGAAAAGACAUACAUGGCUGUGUUCUUCUAAUUGGAAGUGACCACCCCCAUUCUGUAAACCAUUAUCCACCUCUCCUCAUUUCCCUACAGCACUAUCUCAGGGCUGUUUAUACUCCUGCUGUCUGUGACAGUAGAGACAUACUGCUAUUUUACUUGUGAAAUAGGAGAGUUUUGAGUUUUAAUACAUGUUCUUACCUUUUUUGCUUUAUGCUACAUUUACCAAUACAAUCACACAUACUUUCAAGUACAUUACAUAUGCAUAUUCAAUGCAGAUUUGGUGUAUUUGUACACUUAAGGGCUCACUGCGCUUCAGAUCAAAAGACACCCCUGUACCUUUGUGUUAUGCAGGAGACUUUUCUGGUCAGGCACCAGGAGACCACCCUUGCUGCAUCUUGUUCACCUGGAAAAGUGUAGAGAGACGCUCUACUUUUACAAGACAAACAUGGAACUUCAAUCUUCGACACCACAGAAAUAUAUCCAUCUAUAGGAUACUCGAAUGGAUGUUUUUGUGCAUGAAAGCAAAUGGUAAUACAAAGUAACACCAAUUUACAAGAGUUCUAUCAAGGAAAACAUGAGCAAAGCAAGGUUUAGAAGGUGCCAAUUGGAAUUGGUGCAAAAUGUAAUAGGUUAAAAAGUAAUACCUACAUAUACUAAAGAUACCAGACCCCUUUACUUACCGGGUUUUUCUGUCCAUAAGGCUAUUCUCUUCUACUCUCCCAUCUGUAUCCACUAUUAUGAACAUUGAUGAAUAUGGCGUACUCUCUGUUUCUUUUACAAGAAUAUGUCCAUUAUAUACUACUGAUUCUGUUUCUUUAAAGGGAAACCUCUCUAGCAAAUGACUCCUUUGUAUAAUUCUACAUUAUAUGAGCAGGUUUUGUACUGUAGCUACUGUCCUUUUUAUUUCAUUUUCAUUUUUUAUUUUUUUUGCUUCAGUAAUAAAUUGUAGGGGAUGUACAACCCCCAGGUGCUUGUCCAAAGGCUGGGUCCAGCUGCACAACAGGCUGUUUGCACAUACUGUAACGUGCUUCCAGUAUACUCUAGGACAUAUUUUCAAGUGCUGGUCAGACCUUACAUUUACAUAUGAGUAGUAAGUCUACAUUCAGUGCUGGUAAAACUGUCAGUGUAUACUGAUCAUUUAACUCAUGUUUGCAGCAAUUAAACUGUGUCCAUAUUGCAGCUAGAUCUAGCUUGAGGACAAGAGCAUGUUGAAAGCUAAUGUGUAUGUACAUGAAUAUAUAGGCAGCAACUGAAAGAGAACAGCAGACAGACAUCAUUUUGCAGAGUUUUGGUCGUUUUUUCACCCCUUGCAUGAUUUUUUAGAAUGAACUACAGUAUAUCUAAACAGUAUAUCUAAAAUAACUUCAGAAUCUUUGUGCAAGACACAUUGAAAGCAGAACUAUUACUAAUAAAAUGAUAAUCUGACAGUUGUUCUUGCAGCAAGUAAUGAGCUAUGUCAGCUGAGAAGUGCCAUUAAGGCUGGUGUUGCAUCAUUUCAGUUCUUCUGUCUGCGAGUGUUCUAACAUCCAUGUAGUGACUAUUAUCUGUAAGUGGGAAGCAACGUUUCAUGGCGCACUACAAGCUUUUCAUUUGAUGGGUUCUCCAGAAAGGGCCUAUAUACUCUUUUCAUUAUUAGUCCUUCUAUGGUCUAUGUUUGUGUAUGUUCCGCUCUCCUCUGUACAGUUCUCUCUCAAUAAAUCUCCCAAAUUUUGUUGAAAGAAUAGAAUACAAUGGCUUGCAUAUUGGGGCUACUGUGAAUUUUGUCUAUAUUCCGCUAAGCUCCGUUCACCAAAGGAUAAAAAAUAAAAAAUCAGUGAGAUAAAACUGCUGUUGAAGUGUACGCAUACACCCAUACCCACACUACUGUCUACAGAGGCAGCGCCUGUGCUACUGUAGGUCUAUUAAAGGUUGACCCUGCUGCAAAAUGUACCUACCAUUUACUCCAUAUUCUCCAUUGGUGGCUAUACUAUGCAGACAAAAGUGAUUGGACACUGACAGCAAAUAGAUUGAUGAGAUUUUAUCAGCGUCAGUACUUUUUAGAGCCAUCAUGAACAGUGAUUACUCUUAUUAUUUAUUACCAGUUAUAUAGCGCACACAUAUUACGCAGCGCUUUACAGAGAAUGUUUGGCCAUUCACAUCUUUCCCUGCCCCUUUGGAGCUUACAGUCUAUUCCCUACCGCAUGUACAUGCACACACAUUCAUAAUAGGGUUACAUUUUGUUUAGAGCCAGUAAACCUACCAGUAUAUUUUUGGAUUGUGGGAGGAAACCGUAGCACCCAGAGGAAACCCACGCAAGUACGGUGAAAAUAUACAAACUCAACACAGUUAGGCCAUGGUGGGAAUCGAACCCAUGUCCUCAGUGCUGUGAGGCAGUAAUGCUAACCAUUACACCAGGCAUUCCCAACCACGGUCCUCAAGGCACACCAACAGUGCAGAUUUUAGUGAUAUCCAGACUUUAGCACAGAUGGUUAAAUCAAAAUAACUGAGGUGUUCAAGCCUGGAUAUCACUAAAACCAGGACUGUUAGUGUGCCUUGAGGAUCGAGGUUGGGAAUGCAUGCAUUACACUAUCCGUACUGCCCCGUAUUUCUUGGCAAACUGUCCACAAGUUCCAGGACAACGGAAGGCGGUAUGUUUAACUCUUCCGCCUUAAGUACAGUGACCAACUGCGACACUGAAGGCUGAGAUGGUCUAGAACACACCUGUCGCUCCAAUUCAUCCCUGAGGUUCUCAGUGGGGUUAAGAUCUGGACUCUGAGCUGACCAGUCCAUCCGGGUUACAGAAUUUUAUAUAUACCAGUCCAACAUCUACCUGGAAACACGACAAGUGGCAUUGUCGUCCUGAUAAAAACAUUUGUAAUUUCCAUAGAACUGCCACAAUAUAGGGAUCACAGAGUUAUCGAGAACAUCUCUAUACGUCUCAGAGUUAAUGUAACCAUGCUUUACAGUUAGUGAACCCAUGCCAAACCAGCUGAAACAGCCCCAGAGUAUAACGCCACCACCUCCAUGCUUUACUGUAGGUACUGUACACUCUGGUAUCAGACGUUCUCCUUGCAAUCACCAAAUCUAAACACAUCAAUCUGAUCUAGUAAUCUUGAUUCAUCACUCCAUAACACUCACCGCAAUUAUUCCUUAAUUCCAUUUUUGCGCUCUUUACACCAUCAGGCUGCAUUCUUCUUUAUGUUUAGAGGUUUAUGAAGUGUUCUUUUUGAAACCAGCACAUUAAUGGCCAUUUGGAACUCGUGUGCAGUGGUAUGUAUGGGAAGACCCCUAUUCUUUUUCGCAUCUCCCUGGUUAGCAUUCUCCGGUCUCUGGGUUCCAGUUGUGGGGGUCUUCCAUAGCGAGGUGCAUUCCUGCAAUGACCGUUCUUCUUCCACGCAUAAAUACAAGAGACAUAGUGGAUUUAGGAACCUUCCUAACAUCUGUAAUGCUUCUCACACUCAUACCUCCGAUCGAGCAGCCUACAAGGAUACCCUUUUCAAACCCUUUUAGCCCCUUCCAGCAAGCAAGUUCGUUAGCAAAUGAUCUAAUCAGUGCCCAUCUACCCAUUUUACACCUUCAUGAACAUGUGUCUGCUGCAGGAGCGCACCAUUUCGCUUGCGCUGGGGUGUCCAAUCACUUGUCUACAUAGUGUGUUUUGAAUUGAUGCCUUGGCAUUUGGUGUAGGUGGGCUGAUUUUGGCCAAAUUUGCACUUACGACAGAAUUGCACUUAAUUCAUGGAUUGAAAUUUAAAUUUGCAUGUUUGCUUAAUGCAAACUAGUUAAACAUACCCUUACAGGCAAGUCCAGUAAAGUGCCAAGGUAUACUCCUUUAAACACCGAACUCGUGUAAUUUAUAUCUCAAAUUCAUGUAAUAAAAUGUUUUUAAAGCCUG